AGCUCUCUCACAUCUCACAACCACAACUCACAGAUGAACUGGAUACAAAUCGUGUCCGUCGCUCGUUGCCGCUUUGACCAUGAUGGAGGAGAGCCAGGUCUCAUGAGAGAGGAGUGGGCACCUAGUGCACCAUCUUGCAUUCUUUCUGGAGUGCGCGCUAGUGGCAUCGAGCGCGUCGUAAUCCAAAGCGUUGCGGGAAAACGGCGGCACUGAUUAUCAGAGUGCGCAUCUUUGGAAAGGCGUCGCUACUCGCUUCCCGGAGAAGAGUAUCAAGACUAUCCGCAUAUUCACACAGCCUUUAAGUGGCCCCUUCUCUAAUAAGCUGGUUUCGCGUCGCAGGAUUGUUCCCCUCACCCGACCAUGUCCGCUGACAACGGUCGAGGCAAGCGCUUGCGCCGUUCUUCUGCGGAAGGAUCUGAUGAAGAGCAAGCGGCAAAGAAGCCGUUGCUGAGCCAGGGAUCCCCGCCUGAAGCAGCUGCUACAGAGUCUGGAGAUGUUUCGCAAGUCUUGGAUGACGAUGCACCGCCGUUCUUUCCUUUGCCUCCUGCUCCAGCUGGAGCCACAUCUAAAGAGGGCGCGUUCGAUGUCGUGAUUUUUCCGCACGCCGCAGACCCGUCACCCGUUGCACCUGACCCAGUUCGACAUGAAGAUCAAGGGCAGCAGCAGCAGGAGUCGCUUUCCAAAGCAAAGGCCAUAAUUCCGGAUGAAUCGGCUCCGAAUGACUUGCACAACGCGUCUCUUCCCUUGGACUCUGAAGACGAAGAGCUUCAAGUGAACGCCGUAACUGCGACAGAUGCGCAGCAUCUUCAAUCAAUGGAAUCUCCUGCAGCUGAUGACGCUCUACAAACAGAUGCUGUGAACAGAGUUGCAGUAGAGUCAAGUCCGCAGGCUUCCCAUGACGAUCAAAGUGGCGCUUUCGACGGUGAGGCAGCAGAAGCAUUGGAAAGCGUCGCUCAAUGUCCUUUGGCUGAGAGUGGAGACUCUAAAGACGCUCCUGCUGCACAUCCCCUUGACGUCACGCAUGGCGGGGCCAUGGAAGAGCCUUCGCAGCUUGCAGAUGAAACUGCGCCACAACCCUCUUUCGAAGUUCAAUCCCCUGGAACCCCUCUUGUCUCCGCAGACACUUCUGUUCGUACCACCACAGAAAGCCGGGAAACUCUGUCAUAUAUUUUGAUGUCUGCAACAACCGAAGUGCAAGCUCAACAUCCUUCCCAGCAGGCGCAACCCCAGUCAGAAGCAAAAGCGAACUUAGCUGCUAUCAGCGAUGAGGAACGGAAAGCGAAGUUAGAAGAGCUUCGAAAAAAAUUCUCACAGCCUCCUCCAAACCCCCCAGCGCGUAAAGGACCGCUUCCUCCCUCAUCCCCUCUCUCGGGCUCGCGAAACGUAGGGCGAUCACUGACUUCGUCGAGCGUCAGCAAACAAGUCUUGCCUUUGCGACCCAUUUCGUCCCAUGCUCCGCAGAGGUCUGUGUCGGCUUCGUUCUCCUGGUCCGUACAGCCUUCUGACCAAUUGAGAGGCUCAGCAAAUGUUAAUCCGCGCGACACCUGGGCAUCUACGUCCAACUCAGCUUGGCGGCCUACGCCGCCGCCGCCCCCAUUAUCAGCAUCAGAACUGCGUACAUCCUAUGCAUCUGGACCUCCACGCUCUGCACCAGAUUACCAGCCACGACCACUGCCACCACUUCAUGGAGCUUCCCACGCUCUUCCUGCCUACAGCCAAGGCGAGCCUCCGCUUCCGCCGCUGCAACAUCCUAGCGUACCGCCGGCUUUGAGCUACCAUGCGCACCCUACGCCGCCACCACCACUAGCAGCAGCAGCGCGAGUUGGAAGCAGCAGUCAUCACCGAGCCGAAUUAUCAGACGCAUACGAUCCUCGUCGUUCCAGCGCCGCAGCGAGGUCCAUUGCCGGAACACCAUCUUAUACGCAUGCGCCUGUCCCUGCGUCGCCGCCAACCACCUCAAUACGCCCAUCGUAUCCACCGCAGCUGGCACCGCAGCAGCAGCAGAGAAAUGCGUAUGAAUACGGGACCGGGGGCUCGCCGCACCCCACGCCAGGCUGUGCCCCGCCGCCGCAUCUGCACGCGCAGAAUAUGGAUCUGUAUGCAUCCGCGCGCCAGCAGUCACAGCAGCUUCCCCCUCCGCCGUCGCCACAAGCCGUGCUGUCAGCCGCAUCCUACGAAGCUCAUCCGCCUUAUCAUCACCCGACAGCGCCCGCUGUUGCAUAUGGCUCGCCUGCUCAACCCCUUCCGGCAGGGCAUCAACAGCAUCACAUUCCUUCGUCGCGUCCUUUCGCUACUGCUCACGCAGCGUAUCCACCGGCGCACGCUUCACCACUGCCUUCGUACAGUACAAGAGGGGCGAGUCACGCACCUCCAGGGUACGAUUACGGCGCGCCACCGCAACAGCAGCACCACUGGCAAUCUGCUCCUGCUCCAGCAUCUGUAUCGCCUCCUUCGCAUUACUACACGGCUCCGGACUACGGCCAAGGGUACGGCAGAGCACAGGCGCCACCACCGCCUCCGCCCUCGUCGGCACGCUACCCCACGACAAGUCAGCACCAGCAGCACCAGCACCAGCAGCACCAGCAGCACCAGCAGCACCAGCACCAGCAUCAGCCACAGCCGGCACCCGCGCCGUUGCACGGCGGAUACGGCCGACCGCCUCCAUUGCCCGUAGCAGCAACCGGCUGGCAGCCUGAUCCGUAUGCGCCAAGAGCGCCCCCGACGCCAUGUGUGCCGCCUCCUUCAGUUCCUUCAGGGACUGCUGCGUAUCCACCACAGGGCUACUAUUCGCAUCCACCUUCGUAUCCGCCUCCACGCUCGCAUUCGUAGUUGCACCAGCUGAGCACGGCGCACUACCGCCAUCGCUGUCGCCGCCUGUCCCUGCAUCUGCAUUUGUCUAGCAGCCGUAAUACUCGCACACCCUGCUUUCAGCCGCAGCGGUGGUAGCUGGGUACAAGCAACGGUAACUGCGAGCAUGAUUUCAUGCGGCCGGAGCAUACAACUCACCGGCGUGCGUAUAGGUGAUCGGCUGAUGGCAUCUGCAAUCGUUGUAGCUUAUCAUACUUUGCCUUGCUCCCGCACAUCAUUUUACGUAGC